AUGAAUAGUUCUAAAGAUGACUUGGUGUUCGAUUAUGAAAUUUUGGAAGAAGAUUUAACAAGCGUAAAUGAAAAAAACAUUGAAAAGGAGUCAGAUUCUAAUGAUCUUAAUGGUGAAGAGUAUAAAGAAACUAGAAGUG